GCAGCCCUCGCAACCAACGACGCCACAGAGAUGAGAGAGAAUGGAACUCAGCUAUCAAGCCAUCAGAACGGCUAAUCAAGCUCGAGAAGCUGAUGAAGUUCGUACUGAUUCAAGAAAGAAAAAUCUUCUUAUACUAGUCUUAAAAUAUUUAAAUGAAGAAGGAUAUUUAGAUUCAGCAUCUAAUCUUUCAAGGGAAACUAAUAUCGAUAUACGCCGCUAUGAAGUAUGUGAUAACAUUGACUUGGAGACAAUAUUAAUGGAAUAUGAAUCAUAUUAUUAUGUCAAAUUUGCUAAAUACCCAAAAAUCACCAAAAAGUUGAUGUCACAAAGUGCUGGUGCUGCUGAUAAAAGGGCUCAGGUGAAAUUGAACAGAGCAAACAGUGUAAAAAAUACUCCGUCCCUUCCCAGAAUUCCUCAAACCUCCCGACCCCCAACACCCCCUCAACAACAACAAUCCCCAAGCUCAAGACCACUAUCUGGCUCAACAAAAGGCAGACGCAACACUUCCAGUACAAGAAAGGUUGCUCCCCCUGCCCCACUGAAUGGGAAUAUACAGACAAAAGAAGUAGGGGCAGCAAAUGGAGAUGGUUUAUCGCUUCAAGGUAUCACAGUCCAUGGAACUAAUGGAGCAGCAGAGGCAUCAAAUGGAGCAGUAGCUAAACCACGUCCUAAAUUUGGACAGAUUAUAGAUGUACGCUCAAUGAUCAAUGACAUCACAAAGUUAAAUGUUGAAGAAGGCAGCGAUAACAUAGGAAAUGACAGAAUAUUAAAACCUCUUGGUGGCUACUUAGGCUACAAUUCUGAAUGGAGAGAACUUGCACAAGUCAUAAGCAGGGACAUUUAUUUACAAAAUCCAGAUGUCAAGUGGGAUGACAUUAUAGGUCUUGAUGAAGCUAAAAGACUAGUCAAAGAAGCUGUCGUUUAUCCAAUCAAGUAUCCGCAACUUUUCCAAGGAAUUUUGUCACCAUGGAAAGGUUUACUCUUGUAUGGCCCUCCCGGCACUGGAAAAACUUUACUGGCAAAAGCUGUAGCUACAGAGUGUAAUACCACAUUUUUCAAUAUAUCUGCAUCCAGCAUUGUCAGCAAAUGGAGAGGUGAUUCUGAAAAACUAGUCAGGGUGUUAUUUGAGCUGGCCAGAUUUCACGCACCGUCUACCAUAUUUUUAGAUGAAAUAGAGUCUGUGAUGAGUCAGCGAGGAUCUCAAGGUGGAGGGGGUGAACAUGAAGGAAGUCGCAGGAUGAAAACAGAACUUCUGGUCCAGAUGGAUGGCUUAUCAAAGACAGAUGACCUGGUGUUUCUCCUGGCUGCAUCAAACUUGCCAUGGGAGCUGGAUCAUGCAAUGUUGCGUCGUCUUGAAAAAAGGAUUCUAGUAGACUUGCCAACACACGAGGCCAGGAGGGCAAUGUUCAAACACCACUUACCACCUGUUGUGUCAUCUAAAGAAGGAGGGCUGGAACUGCUGGCAGAACUUGAUUAUGAUUUAUUGGCAGGGAAAACAGACGGAUAUUCAGGUUCAGAUAUUAGACUUCUGUGUAAAGAAGCUGCCAUGAGACCAGUCAGAAAAAUAUUUUUUGCUUUAGAGAAUCACACAGAAGGACAAGAUCUCCAUAUACAUUUAGAUAAAAUUAAAACUGAGGAUGUACUGGCCGCCUUAGAAAGAACAAAACCAUCUGCCAAAACCAUGAAACAAAAAUACGCUGACUGGCAGCGUGAAUAUGAAUCUGUUUAAAAUGGUACAAAGUUUACUGAUCCAUUUCUGCCUUGUUGUAUGAUACUGUUGAUUAAAAUAAUCUCACAUUCCAAGUGUUGGAAGUUAAGUCGGUGUGAAUGUCUUCUGAUGUUCCUUAUCACUCUGAGAAUCUCAUUGUUCACCAUAAGGUGUUGCAGCGUGGGUGUUAUUAGUUUCACGAGAAAUAGUGAUGUUCUUACAUCAGUCAUUAAAUUGUAUGCGGUUUAAAAAUUAUGAGAAAUGAAAACUAGGUUAUAUUUUUUUUAUAUUUUAAUUUUCAGCAAGGGAGAACAGUAAACCAGAUUUAAGGUGCUAUUAUAAAAAUGUAUUUGCUAGUUUAAAGGACAUAUGAAAAGAAAGUAUCAUUCCCUAAUAUGUAGUAAUUUUAUUGUAAGUCAAACAUAACAACAACAAAAACUCCAAACUUGUUCACACAAUUUUUCCACAUAACAUAGGAAAUGUUUUUUAAUUGACACCCAAGCUUUCAGUCUGUGCCUCAUUUUGUGUGAGCUUCUGUAUAAAUAUCGAAUUGCUAAUAUUUUUGUUACUAGAUUAUGGGUUAAUCUUUUCAGACUUAUUAAAAAGAUUCCUUUAUGACUGUGAUUUCCUUUUGUUUUUCACAAAAUAGGACUUUUUACAUACUAAUGCAUUUUUUACAUUGUAAUCUAAUGAAAUAGUCUUUUUUAUUGGUAUCUUAAGUCUGAUUUGAAAAUUACAAUGUAUAUCUAUAUCUAUAGCUAAUUGCUCAACUAAAACGGUAGGUCUAACUUUGGAAGGUAUUAAAUUUGUAAAAAGGAAAAAUUAAUCAAUUAAUAUUAUAUUGCUACUAAAUACUUGUUUCAUAUUUUUCAAAAUAUUUGUAACUUCUGAAAAAACAAAUGAGCUUAUUUCUCUAAAGUAUUCAGAAAAUAAGACAUCAGCACUAUCAGAUGUAGUUUAAAUAUCUUUGUAUUCUUGUGUUGAUGAUGUCACCAAAAUAUAUUUAAUUUAAUUUAUAUUUUUGCCUUUGAUGUGAUAAAUAUCAGUAUUAUUAUGUUUGUUUAAUAGACAUGUAUUUUGACACAGCUUCUCAUAAAUAAAAAAAAAAAAUUAAUGAUCAAACUUGUACACCACUUUUUGUAUAAACAUUUCUGUAAUGACACUUAGCUUUUCUAUCUGUAUUUUAAACAUCCAACCAUUCUUUUGAUUAAAUUGUAAUUUUAUUAAAGUGUGGGAGGGAAUUAAA